UAUUUUGGAGAGGAAAAUAGAGUACAUUAUUAUUGAUCCCGGGCGUUUCAUACUUGACAAAUCAGAAGUGGAAUUAUUCACGUGCCGUACAAGUUCUACAAGUGAGUGAGUCAAAAUGUGGAAGACGAAAAGGCAUAGUUCUUUUAGUUCAUCCUCUAGCUCUCAGUCCAGUUCAAGUUCUUCGACGGACGAUGGAAGGACACAUCGUAGGCGAGUAAAACGUUUACGAAAAGAACUCAAAUUAAAAAACCAUUUGUUAGAGAAGCAACCUAUGCUGAUUUUUCUGGGUCUGAGGACAGACACACCAGCAGGAUGGCCGAAUGCGAUGAAUCUUCAAACUAGAAAUACAUUCUUGAUGCGCCACUGGUACUACCGUGUAGCCAAGGGACAAGGCAUGCGGGUGGUGGUGUCGGACGACAGAGGCGCGGGGAAAGGAGAACGCGGAAGAAAAUAAGAGCGUGGUUUUUACGACCGAUGUGCGAGGUAUUUUGGGCAGAAUAUUUUGGAGAGGAAAAUGAGUACAUUAUUAUUGA